GUGGACACGAAGAUGCAAUUGCUAGUAUAUCCAACAAACGCACCAAAAUACUCGUUUAGUUAGGCGGGCAUGGUCUGUCGCGGGCCAGCAGGGUAACCGAAGGAUUGAAAAUAACGGGAAAGGGGUGUUGUAGAAGUUGAAGAAUCGACUUAUCGGUUAUUUUUUGGCUUUCUUUAAAACUCUUCAGCUGUUCACCCAUCAAAGGAGAUGAUGUUCGGAUUGAACUCUAAUCACUUUGGAUUGCCGCCAAUAUAUAAGAGGCUAAUUCACUUUCAUCCUCAGCCCCCUCGCCGAUCAUUUAUGCGUCUAAAAGAUCAUUUCAAGGCAACAGGCACUUCAAAUAAUGCUGGCGGGAAAGGAGACGCAAAUCGAUUUCUUGUUCCUGGGGCAACAAUGGCUACACUUGCGAUGCUUGGUGUGCUUCAUGGCCGUCGUCUUUAUGAGGAUAAAAAGAUGGAAGAGGCCAGGGCAAAAGGGUUAGAGUCAGAAUUCUCCCCUGAUGUAAAAGCAACGUUCCUAAAGAUGGUACCAUUGCGCUUCAUUUCACGUGUCUGGGGUCUCAUCACAGCUGUGGAACUUCCUGUUUGGUUGCGUCCAUAUGUUUACAGAAGCUGGGCCUGGGCAUUUCAUUCAAAUAUGAAUGAAGUGGCUUUGCCCUUGGAAGAAUAUGGUUCUCUUCGUGAAUUUUUUGCUCGUAGCCUUAAAGAAGGCUCCCGUCCUCUUGAUCAAGACCCAAAAUGCCUGGUGAGUCCAGUUGAUGGAAUUGUCUUGAGGUGUGGACAAUUAAGAGGGCCGGGAGCUAUGAUAGAACAAGUCAAAGGAUUUUCAUACUCAGCAUUUUCAUUGCUUGGAUCAGAAUCUGUGCUUCCCACCUCGGAUACUCAAGAGAUUUUGCCAGAGGAAUAUGAAGAUAAUCAAGUUAAGAAAAAUAUGAAUCAGAGGUCAUGGUGGAGAAUUUCUUUUGGAGCACCUAAUGUUCGAAAAGAACUCCCCAAGAGGCCAAUCAAGGGUCUUUUCUAUUGUGUACUAUAUCUUGGCCCAGGAGACUAUCAUAGAGUUCAUUCUCCAGUGGAUUGGCAUGUGAUGCGCCGCUGUCACUUUUCAGGUCGUCUUUAUCCGGUAAAUGAACGUGCUGCACGGACCAUUAGAAACCUACAUGUUGAAAAUGAGCGAGUGGUGCUUGAAGGCAAGUGGUCUGAAGGAUUUUUUGCUGUUGCUGCAAUCGGUGCAACAAAUGUUGGCUCUAUUGAGCUUCUGAUUGAGCCAGAACUUAAAACAAAUAGGCCAAAACUAAGCUUAUUCAAAACUGAACCUCCCAAUGAGCGUAUGUAUGGUGACAAAGACGCAGGAUUGGUUCUUAAGAAGGGCGAAGAGAUUGCUGUUUUUAAUAUGGGUUCUACCGUCGUUCUAGUAUUUCAAGCUCCCUCCACAAAUACAUUCCAAUCUCACCAAGGUGUUGAUUCUGAGAAGGAAGGUAGCUCACCUGCAUUAAAUUUUCUAUUCAAAAAUGGUGAUCGGGUCCGAAUGGGAGAGCCUAUAGCAAGAUGGUGAAAAGAGCUUUGAAUAUUGAAACCUGGAAGAUCAUUUUUAAUAGAAGACAUUCAAGGCCAGUGCUCGAGUUCCAGUUUAAAGGUCAUUAUCACUAUUUCCCCAUGGUUGGGACAUCUUAAAGGAAUUUAUGUGAACAUUCUAAUAUACAGGUUCACAUCUCAGAUGCACCACAAUUGCUGAGGUUUUGUUCUUCUGAAAUUUGUUUGCCGUUGAACUUCAAUCCAGGAAUGCUGAGUACAAAGGGCAAUAGUUCUCUCUUACACAUGAUACAUGUUCUUAAGAACUUGGAGAAAUUUCUCGAGUAACCUUUUUACCCAGUUGAGUCAGUACAUGUCCAAACAUGGGAGACUGGCAUAAAGACAUACCCUUAUUCAUGGUAGUGGCUUUCUGCUUAAGAUGUUUGCAAUGAGCUGGGGUCCAUUUUUCUGAGUUUUCUUUUACUUACGCUUAGUUAAUAAUACGUAUGGAACAUUUUGAAAUUAGUAUUAGGGGAUUUAAUUAACUAUAAUUCACAUUUCUCAAUCCUCAAAUUUCACUUAAAAGGGAAAUUUUUUGCAUUUGUGGUUAUGUGUUGAAAUUAAAGCUCUUAUUUCUCAACGACGAUUGAAAGAAAAAAUUCUAUAAGAGGCUCCUUAUUGUUGAUGGUAUGUUAUGGAGCAACUGCUGCUGCUCAGAUUUCUUUAUUGGUGCAAGAGAUGCACCCUUAUAUCUGAUUAAGACCUUUAUUAAAAUAUUAUUAUUAGCACAAGUUAUGUCCCAAAUAACAUUAUUACAUUUGUAUUACAAUCAGAAGUCUGAAAUAGUGAUAGUGAAAUUAACAGAUUUUUUUUUUUGGUA